CGACCCGUAGUGAAAGACCGGCCGCGUUAAUAUUAUUACUAGAUACAGGAUCGGUGUUCGAAAAUGUUCCCCCGCAAGGUAUACUACUUUGUUUUUUGCACGGGAGUCACUGUAGUUUAUUAAUAAGAGUAAAGCGGAGGGACUAUUUGACCAGCGGAGGGAUAGUAGCAGCUCCGCGGGGGGUGAAUGGGCUGAAAAGCCAUGUGCUUCUUUGUUUACAAAAACAGCGGCGGACGGAGAAUCGGCCAAAGAUGCUAGGAUAAUAAUUUAGUUAGAUGGGAAUAUACAAAGUGCGCGUGUAGUGUGGAGUCAUACCAGCACCCGGUCAAUAGCGUCGUAAGAUAUAAGUCCAACGACGAAAGAAAACAACGGUUUGUUGUCCGGUGGAGGGGCGCGAGCGGCUGGGCAGCGCGAGGCGAGUUGAUUAAUUCCACCGACGGCCUUUGACACAAGAACAUAUUUAUGAUUUUUUCUGUGGACUUUGGUUGGCCCGUCUGCGCAUCACAAACUGUGCGGGCAGGUGUGGAACGAGGGGACCAUAGUUUGGGAUGAGUGACUCAAAUUGACGCAUCUGGCUAGCCCUGUUCCAGAGCCCUGUCGGUGCGGGAUGCGAGGUGUACACAACAAAGAGAUUUUGAAAAAGCGAAGGGGGACGUUGUCUAACCUUUCCUGUGAACCCAGCUGUACAGAUGGGUGCAAGGGGGACCUGCAGGAGAAUGAUGGCUGCGUCCAAUCGGAGAGGGAGGCUGCCUGCUGCGACCAAUCAGAAAGGGAGGGUGCUGGUUGGGACCAGUCGGAAAGGGUUGUGUAACCCAACGGGCUCGUCUGUGAUUGGUGGAUGUGGUCCCUGUGUACUCCUCUGUGAUUGGUGGAGUUGAUGGAAGAGGUGACCAUGUUGCCCACGGUGAUGUCAGAAACUCCUCCAGAUCAGUACAGGUGGAGAGAAUGAUUUCUCAGAUAGCCCUGGUGGGGGCGCUGUGCUGUUUGACACUGCAGCCAGGUUUUCUGGAAGCCUCUUCUCUGAGGAAGAUUACACAAAAUGGAGCUCCGCCCCCGGACCUCGGUGCUGUGAGCGUGGAGUCGGACCAGGCCCACGGCUUCCUGUCCCGCCCACGGCCCAAGCGGCACAUCGACCCGAAAUGGCACCGCAACCCGCCCGACUUCCAGGCCUACUACAAAUACUACAACAACAUCGGGCACAUCGAGGGGCUGUAUGAGAUUGACCGGAUCCGGAUGCUGUACCAGCAGAUGAGACACCUGGAGCACGUGUACGGACCCGAUGCGUCUCAGUACCAGAACAGCCUGGGCCUCCUGCCCACCAAGUGUGACCCGGCCAAGGACAAGACCUGCAAAACGCCUGCUGCAGCACCCGCCGGCACCCCCGCCCCCCCUCCUCCUCCCCCCCCGCCCCCGCCCAGCACCCCGGCCCCCCCGCCCCCGCCGCCCCCGCCCCCGCCCAUGGCCCAGGCGGACGUGGUGUACCUGUGUAACCCCACAGACCCACAGUGCCACCCUCACCUGGUCUACCUGCCCACAGGGGCUGUCCCCGUGCUCUGUGACCCACGCUACCAUCCUGCCUGCAAGCCCAAAACCGGGGAGGCCCCCGCCCCGCCUGCCCCGCCCGCCACGCCUGCCCCGCCCCCUCCUCCUCCACCCCCCGCCCCCAAAAAGUCCCUCCCACCCCCUCCCCCAGCUCCCAUUAUCAUUAAGGGAAUGGAGUACGACUGCGACCCGUACUGGGACCCCGACUGCCUGAUCGACCACCCCCCACGGCCCGUCAAAACCAAGACCCCGCCCCCACCGCCCCCGCCCCCACCGACCCCGACCCCGACCGAGGCGGAGGCCAAGGGCAGAGAGGAGGAGGAAGAGGCCACGCCCGUCCUCGAACCCAAACCCCUCGGCAAGGAUAAAAAACCCGCCCCCUUCCUGUACGACUAUCGGCGUGAGCUGUUCGACCCGUACCUGUACUCCAAACCGGCCCCCGACCCAGAGUAACCUACCGGUACCUUCUCUGAGCCUGCAGAACCACAGAGACACCAGCGGGAAUACACACACACACACACACACACACACAUAUACACACUCACUCACACACGCACUCACACACACACGUACUCACACACACACACUUCAGUGCGGUAUAGUGCCCCUGGUGCUGUGGCUGUGCUGUGUUUGGUGUACGGCACGUGUCUGUCCUGGCUGUGUGCGAUGUCCUCCCAUUACCCUUUCGGCUAUGCUGGUGGUUUUUACAUUUUAACCUUUGACCUCUGAGCCGUUAGUCUCACACACACACGCAGUUCUGUUUUGCUUUAACGGGCUGGUCUUUUAAAUACUUUCUGCCACUCAGUGUGUUUCCACGGCAGCAGAUUGAGCACAGAGUUCCCACACAUACCGUCACUGUUAGCUCUCAUCCUCAUCACUACUACACAUCGCCAAAACCCCUCAUCCAAAUAGAAUUUGGAUUGAUAACAAGAGAAGAAAAAUAAAUGAACAUGUUGACGUGGUU